CAAGGAGUAAUGCGCAUUUCCCAAGGACUCCACGAUUGAAAAUUAAAAAUCUACCUGACGGCGUGCAGAAAAUAAGAAGACAAGCAACUGCUAUGAUUCACUCUUUCGCUGCGGCAAUGAGCAACCCAAUCCAAAACACAUCUUCCUUCACCUCUGGAACCUGGAAUCUCCUAGACCCGCGAAACUCAUCACCUGUCCGGAUACCCGAGCAGCAACCGAUCGCUGUUAGCCCCUGGGACAUUGCGUUCUGUGUGACGGGGACAAUAAUCUCCUGUGAAAAUGCCAUCGUGAUUGCAAUCCUAUUUUACACGCCCACCCUGCGUGCGCCUAUGUACAUACUCAUAGGAAGCCUCGCCUUCGCGGACACGUUAGCUGGGCUUGGUCUUAUACUUAAUUUCAUCUUCACAUACAUGCUGAAUACGGAAUUCGUUACUCUGAUCUCCGUUGGACUGCUCAUCUCCGCCUUCUCCGCCUCCGUACUUAACAUCCUGGCAAUCACCGUGGACAGGUACCUCUCUCUAUACAACGCACUGACCUACCACACGGAGCGAGCUGUGACUUUCACCUACGUCAUCGUGGCGCUCAUCUGGUUCGUCUGCAUAGCGCUGGGUUUACUGCCCCUGUUGGGCUGGAACUGCCUGCGAGACGAGUCCUCCUGCAGCAUUUGUCGGCCGGUCACCAAAAACAACGCCGUCGCACUGGCGGUAACUUUCCUGCUCAUCUUCGCGCUCAUGAUGCAGCUGUACUUGCAGAUCUGCAAAAUAGCUUUCCGGCAUGCCCAGCAGAUCGCCGUGCAGCACCACUUCAUGGCUAUAUCCACCACUAAAGGCGUGUCGACCCUUUCUGCCAUUCUCUGUACCUUUGCCAUCUGCUGGAUCCCCUUCGCCAUGUACUCUAUCGUGGCGGACUCUAGCUAUCCAAUUAUAUACACGUACGCCACAGUCCUCCCUGCCACCUGCAACUCAGUCAUCAAUCCCAUUAUUUACGCCUACAGAAACCCCGACAUUCAGAAGUCCUUGCGGCUGGCUUGCUGUGGAUGUAUCCCUACAAACUUCUCUCUAAGGCCAAGGACGUCAAGUGACGUAUAGCUUCAGUAUACGUGAUAAUUAUUGCCAGCCAUAUUCUCGGUGUUUUAUUUGGUCGACAUGCACACUUGUAUUACGUAUACGUUUUGGUCGGUGUAAAUUUGACUAAUAUUUGCGUAACCAUGAGAAAGCGUGCAUAACUGACAAAUCCUCUAGUUGCCCGUAAGUCGAUUCUGGUCACAUGUUAUCGGGAUCUGAAUACACAGUCACAUGUGUAUGACUAUUCGGUUUUUAUAGACCUAUGUGGAUAUAUGCGAAGUCGAGGUACUUACUGUGAAAUUUGGCCGGGAUGUAGGUCCUUCGAGUCGCGCAAAGAGACACGUGAAACGCUGGAUACAGUCAUAAGCAGGCCUUUAAUGACCUCCUUUGUGCAAGUCUGUACAAAUGCAUCAAGGUAACCAUAAAUGUCAUAAUUAGAAAAAAUGAUCAAACUCUCAAUACCAAAAACAUUUACGUAGGGUAAUGUGUUAAAAACCCUGCAAGGGGUUUUCACAGAAAGCAGCAAGUUAAGUUUAAGAUACUCCUGCCUUAGCCGCGAAACUGUAAUUAAUCUGAUCGACAAUGACGUCAGUGUCGUUCCAAAAAAAUAUGUUUAAAAUGACGUGCAAAAAGGUGAUUUCACGUCAAUACGUAAUCCGGUUUAUGCUUUAUUAAGCAAGUCCAUUAUCGUGUCAAGGAAUUUUCUCGUUGGUCAUUUGGAAUUUCGAAUUAUUACUAAUAUUCAGUUUAAUUUCACAUAUAAAUGCACCCGUUGAAAUGAAGUUUAAGGCACACAAACUAAAUGGUGGAUUUGAGUUGAUUUAUUAAUGACUUAAUGACAUUGGCUUUCACGUUUAAAAUCGCCAAACGUUAGAAUGAAAAUAGCACGCGCACUUCCUCUUUUUCUUUGCAGUGUUUAGGCAAGCAAAGAUAAACGUGGUGGAAGCAGAACUACGCGAUCAUUAAGUAUAUUCGCAGAAGCACAGCCGCAAACCGGCAUCGCGUCAGCACCAUGGACAGCAAUAGGCAGGUUGCGGCGCGCAUGCUUUUGUAAAUGGGGAGGCUUUUGGUGAUUCGAUGUAGGCCUAGAUACACUAUUAAGGAAUGAUACAACCAAGAUCGUACAAAAUGACAGACGUUUAGAGUUGAAUGUUCACGUAAAGUUGUUGUCGGAUCAAUUUUGUCAACAAAUGCCUUCAUGCGUGUCACUUUAAUUCUUCUAUGAGAAGAUGUUUAAAUUCGGUUUUCGAAACCAUAAUGACGUUUGAUUUAUUUAGGGUUAAGGGAGACGGUAGAAAAUGCGUCGGAAUAUCCUAUAGACCUUUAUAGGCCUAGGAAACAUUGAAUACUGUUUUUUAGCAGUAGGCGAUUUGGUCAAAUGUGAAAUGGUGAAUAAAUUUUAUACAGUACUAAUAUAAAAAUUAGGCCUAGCUCAUCUUUAUGCUGAUACAGUGUAAUUUGUCAUAUGAAUCGACUUCUCCCUAUGCCAGUCAUUUGGUAAGGGAAUAGAUCAUUACACAAUGACAUAACGACAACGACAGCAAAGUAUUUUCUUACGAAAUGUAAACUUCUAAAAUCCUGUAAGGCAUUUUUGGCCCAAGCGCAAUUUAACCGAUUAACAAAGAAGCAGUAUAUACUGAAUACGGUAUCUGAACAUGAUAUCUUUGUAUCUGAAAACCGUUUAGUUUAAUUUGUUAAUUCUUCUGCCUCUGGCCAUAAUCCCCCACCCACCCAUAAUUAGAAAAUCAGCCUCAGUAAAUCGCGGCGGCUUCAACAAGGAAGUUAAUGAGUUUUCACUCCAAUCCACAUUCAGAUUACCGAAGACAUGGGGAAGCGACUGUAGUCACAUUUCACCGUUUCUCCGCGCUGUUUUCUGCUAACGUAUCCACUGUACUGUAAGAAAAAUCCAAGUCAUUGUAAGACGCACAGGCAGAGGUGAUAGAAAAAAAAAGACCUCAGAUAGCAAGUGUUUAAACUGCUGAUUAAAGAGACAGCAAUUUAAACGUAGCAUUUUCCGGGGAAAAAUAAAGACAUAGGGCAAUUAUUCGAACAUUACAUUAUUUCUACGAAAAGGUCACGAUGAUGGAAGAUGUUAAGAAUUAUGUUAUUCAACGCUGUUACCAAAAGAUGAAAAAAAACUUGACUUAACUCUAAAAAUGGCGCACACAUGCUGAUGUACUAUACGGGACGUAGCCGUUUUGAUACAAAAAAAAAGCUUUUUAAUGUUUCUUUUGAAGAGGACCAGCAAAAGAUUGCAACGUCCCGUGUUGGUCGCGACACGCAGAGUUUGUAAAUAUUCGUCUGGCCUUAUUUCUGCGUUCCUGCAAUAACGUGUCACCGUGUAUAUGAGUGUUCAGUAAAAUGUACGAACAGGAGGAGACCUCUGACAGAUGUCAAAUUCCAUUCUGAACAGAGCUAAUGAACUUUUCACAAGAUGAAAAAAAAAACAUAUUUAAGCACCAGAAUUACAAAGUUGUGAUAGUUGUGUGUGUGUGUGUUGAGUGUGUGGCCUGUUUUCUUGUGUGGAAAAAAAUAUAUAUGUUCAGGUUCUUUUCACUCUCACACCCUUUAUAUUGGACUAUGACUCGGUUACAUCACUUGUGAUGUCUUAUUCUCUGCGGAUCAAAGACUGUGUGGGACAGUGCAUGUGAGCCUGGGUGUGCGUGCACAUGCAUUUUGCGCACUGGGGGAACUUUCGGUGACCUAUUUUUUAACACCCCAUUUUGGUGAAAAGCUUACCCUCAGUAGCCGUUCCUUUGGUCCUUUUGUCGGCUGGUUCUCGCCUCGCUAACAGCUGGCCAACCUGCAGUCAUAACUUCUUCACAGCAGCUGACUCAGACGAUAGGCGACCUCUAUUGGAUGGAGUAUUCCAGUACAUCUCCAGCCCCUGUUCUCCUUCAUAUGGAGGUAUUUUGUUCUCGAUCAUUCGAGGCCAGAAUAUAUCAGCUGCUAUGGUGCUUUGGGUAAGAUCGAGAGAAGGAGGACAGGGAGAGCACAUUGUCGUUCUGUCUUCGCAUGCAGACAGCUCUUAGCUGGCAGAGAAACGUCCAGUUGCCGCCAAAUGCUGCUGGAGCCAAGCGUGUGAUGAGGUUAUGACGCAAAGAUCACAUAUAUGACAACUGUGGCAAUCUUCUCUGGGUAUAUGUGUGUGUCUCAAGCAGUGAGGUGCACAAUUUAAGAAACCUUACCCCAACCACCAGGCCAGUAAUACUCAAACCAGGGAUGGUUCUUGGAGGGACUCGGAAUCUCCGCAAAUUCUCUCCACCUAGAGUCAUGAUCCUUUUGGCAUUCCAGGUAAAAGAUAGGUUCAGGAUUCUAGCCACAGGAUCCUAAACAACCGACCCUGGUUUAAGCACUGCAGGCUGCUCAGACCUUCAUGGUUUUUACUCUAGUCCUGACAGACGUUAACGUUUUGUGAUAAUAUGUGUUGUAUUGUAUGAGAAACACGUUUCUAGGGUGCCAUAUUUACGUUUUAGGGUAACGGUGGCUGUCUCUCUUAUGCAAUGCUGUGCUGGAAUCUAUAUUUUUAUAUUCAUCUCCAGGGGAUAUGUUCAAAAAUAGUCAAUGUGCACGAGUGAUUGUUACCUGUAUUUUCUUUUACAUCGUAUAAGUUUAAUUGUAUUUUGGAGAUGCUAAACGUGCCACCUUUUCUCAAGUGUCUUCAUCUGUCCUUCGAAAUUUAAACGUAAUUAUUAUUUGUAAGGUGUUUGAAUUUUAAAAGAAUAAUGCUAAGUGACGAUGAAACGGGGAAAAAAUGUAGCCCAAGUGCACGUUGCAUCAGCACUUACAUAAAAUGGGGUGGGUUUUACUCCAGCUUCAAAAAGCAUUGGUCUGCAGGAAGCAAGCGAAACAGCAGACUAACCAAUCAGAACUCGGUUAAAAGAAGCGAGAUUUACUCCGCCUCCGUCUUUGUGUUAUCAAGGGGGGGCGGGGGGCGGGGCGGGCAAUAGGAUUAAGUAUCAGAUGGGUGCAGGGCAUAUCGCCAUUGACAGCUGUCUGGGGACAAGAGAAUUUAUUCUGGUUCUCAAUUUCCAGUGUUCUUGGGAAUGAGGACGAAGCACAGUUGAACUCAGAUGUAUUAAAUUGCCGAUGAUUUAUAUUGCCCCCUGGGAAAACAAAGAGUCUGAAAUAUACACCUGGCAGGAUGAAAAAGGCAAGCUAGACAUUUUAGUCUGUCUCAGUUAAUGCCUUUGCUCUGCUGGAAUACAAAGAUGCAGACGAUAAAUAAUAAGGUCAUUUUCUCGAAGACUGUAUUACUUUGGAAUUCUUUCAUGGAUAUUUCCAGACGUUCUAAAAAUAAGUGCAGAAAUUUAGGGCAAAAUUCCCUUUUCCCUCGCUAAAUAGCACCGUCCUUCCGCCUAGUGGCCGAAGCAGGGCUGAAUCUACGCCAUAACGGACUGCCCUAAAUUUAGGGCUAUAAAAGGAGAAAAACUUGGACCCCAUUUAUGACUGAUGCAUGAAAACACUCACGGUGAUUUUAAAAAACAGACGAAUUUCUGUCCUCACCUUUUUUAAUCCACAAUCCCCGUCUCCAGCUAUUCCACCCCAUAUAAAAUGUCACCUUGAUCUCAAUGUGAUUUUGCUCAAAACUACCACCGAGAGUGUAAAAAUAAUAUCCAGAAAUGUGUUUUGUGAGAGAUAGAAUGUGACUUAAUGGGGCAGGGAAGCUAGUAGGAUUAUAACUGUGACCUUAACAUAGAUAUUGUCUUUCGAUGUGAAAUUUAACUUAUAAUGAAAUACAAGAUGCACUUUAAAAAA